AUGGCAUCUGGCGCAAUAUUUGGUGGCGCUCUCACUCUCGCCGGCGUCGCUUCGCCUACCGUUAUCGUUGAUCAGUUCAAGUUGACCAACUUCCAUAUGCUGGUCUCGUUCAUGGCUGCAUCAGCUUGUUCAGCAAUCUGUGUUGCUUUAUCAAACGCUUACGGCUACGUCAAGCUUGGUCACCGCAAGGACAGCAGCUUCGGCUGGUUCGGCAUGUACGAUGGAAAUAUUGUAGGAGGGACUCUUCAAGGCAUUGGAAUGGCAUUAACGGGAUGCUGUCCUGGGACUGUGUUUGUGCAGAUGGCCGCUGGGAUCUCGACUGCUUACUGGGCGCUUGCGGGCGGCAUACUGGGAGCCGCUGUCUUCGUCAAAUGGAAGGAAACGGCCCAAAUUGUUGAUGCAAGGCCGGACACUCAGCAUACCUUAAUGCAAAAGACAGGCCUAUCGACUUCCAAAGUGGUCCUAGCCUACGAAAUGCUCCUCCUGGCGAUGAUUGUUGGCGCGCAAACGAUGGCACCUCAAAGACAGUACUGGCUCAACCCUGUUAUUGGCGGACUGCUGAUCGGAGUUGCCCAAGCUGCGUCUGUGGGACUGUCAAAGAAGACGUUGGGUGUCAGCAGUGCUUUUGAAGAAGCUGGGAAGUGGACAUGGGCCAUAACAAGCGGCAAGACGCGGCCUGGCUUCGCCAACAUCACUUUUGCUGGUGGUUUGAUUGUUGGUGCGGCCACCACCAUGCGUUAUGCUCCUGGCACCAAGGAAGCAGUGCUGUUGCCGUUACACGUGUCGGUCCCGAGUGCCGUGGCGGGCGGCUUCGCGAUGGUCUUUGGCGCUAGGUCAGCAGGCGGUUGCACAAGUGGACACGGAAUAAGUGGUAUGGCCACCAUGGCCUUCAGUUCAUUCAUCACGGUUGCUGCCAUGUUCGGAGCCGGGAUUGGCGCGGCUGCAAUACUGUGA